UAAACUUUUAAUAGUACAAGAUUGCUCUCAAACGAGACUAUUGCGGCAUCUAUUUUUCACUUAACAUCAAUUUAUUGCUCGGAGAAAUGGCAUAUUAAUUUUAUUGAGACCAAAUGCAGUUUAAUUGAAGUGCGUGAAGUUACUUUAAUUCGAAGUUGACCCUCGGUGAUCAAAGCACAUAAAAUCAUGAAAGUGGAUCUGCGGAAAUAGAAUCAGCCCGCAGUGAAGUGGCGCGAGUACGAUGACAGCGGAGGUCAGAACUGUCGUGGCAACGCCCCCUCGGGAUCGGAUCCUGGAGGACGUGCGACUCCUGCGGGAAUGGAUAGCCAAGGAGCCGCACCUGCCGAACGUGGAGGAUGAGACGUGGCUUGAGACGUUCCUGUACAACAACAAGUUCCGGCUGGAGAGGACCAAAGCCAAGCUCAACAGCUACUACUCCUUACGCACUAAAUACCCCCAGCUCCUAAGGGAUCGAGACCCGACCUCGCCGGCGCUCCUCCAGACCAGGAAGGCUGUCAAGCUGGGCGUUUCGCAUCGGCUCGACGAGAGCAACUGUAGGUUGUUCUUCGUAAGGCUCGAAGCGAACUCCGGUGUUGUCGACGCGGAGAACUCAACGAAGCGUUGGCUGAUGAUCUUCGACGCUCUGUUGCUGGAGCAAGACCGACUGACCAACUACAUCAUCGUCGUCGACUACCGUAACGUCCGCUACUCCCUCUUCCUUAAGAUCCUCAUCGUCCUCAAACCGGCCCUCGAGAUCCUCUUCAACGCCUUCACCGGCCGCGUGUGCGCCCUGCACUACAUCCACGCCUCCUCGCUUGCCUACCGGGCCACCGAGUUCCUCAAGUUCAACUUCCCCAAGAGGUACAUGGACAGGAUCUACACCCAUGGUGACGAUUACGGAACGCUGAGGGCACUUAUCGAUGAGAGGAUCCUGUGUAAGGAUCUUGGUGGCCGAGGACCAAGUUUCGUCGAAAUGGAAGAAUACACCCAACAAUUAUUAGAGAGACACAAGGAAUGGUUUCAGGAGCAAAAUGACAUUUGUUCGAACGAAUCAUUGCGGAGACGGGAACCAGACGAAACAGAAGAAAUACAUGGUUCAUUCAGAAAACUAGCUAUAGACUGAUUUUAAAAUUUGGAGUAUUCAUAUACCAGUAAUGAGAGUAAUGCAU